AUGACAUUUUGGCACAUCAUACAAAAGGGGAAUCAUAAAACGAUUCAUCAUCAUCAUCAUCAUCAUCAUCAUCAUCAUCAUCAUCAUCAUCAUCAUCAUCAUCAUCAUCAUCAUCAUCAUCAUCAUCAUCAUCAUCAUCAUCAUCAUCAUCAUCAUCAUCAUCAUCAUCAUCAUCAUCAUCAUCAUCAUCAUCAUCAUCAUCAUCAUCAUCAUCAUCAUCAUCAUCAUCAUCAUCAUCAUCAUCAUCAUCAUCAUCAUCAUCAUCAUCAUCAUCAUCAUCAUCAUCAUCAUCAUCAUCAUCAUCAUCAUCAUCAUCAUCAUCAUCAUCAUCAUCAUCAUCAUCAUCAUCAUCAUCAUCAUCAUCAUCAUCAUCAUCAUCAUCAUCAUCAUCAUCAUCAUCAUCAUCAUCAUCAUCAUCAUCAUCAUCAUCAUCAUCAUCAUCAUCAUCAUCAUCAUCAUCAUCAUCAUCAUCAUCAUCAUCAUCAUCAUCAUCAUCAUCAUCAUCAUCAUCAUCAUCAUCAUCAUCAUCAUCAUCAUCAUCAUCAUCAUCAUCAUCAUCAUCAUCAUCAUCAUCAUCAUCAUCAUCAUCAUCAUCAUCAUCAUCAUCAUCAUCAUCAUCAUCAUCAUCAUCAUCAUCAUCAUCAUCAUCAUCAUCAUCAUCAUCAUCAUCAUCAUCAUCAUCAUCAUCAUCAUCAUCAUCAUCAUCAUCAUCAUCAUCAUCAUCAUCAUCAUCAUCAUCAUCAUCAUCAUCAUCAUCAUCAUCAUCAUCAUCAUCAUCAUCAUCAUCAUCAUCAUCAUCAUCAUCAUCAUCAUCAUCAUCAUCAUCAUCAUCAUCAUCAUCAUCAUCAUCAUCAUCAUCAUCAUCAUCAUCAUCAUCAUCAUCAUCAUCAUCAUCAUCAUCAUCAUCAUCAUCAUCAUCAUCAUCAUCAUCAUCAUCAUCAUCAUCAUCAUCAUCAUCAUCAUCAUCAUCAUCAUCAUCAUCAUCAUCAUCAUCAUCAUCAUCAUCAUCAUCAUCAUCAUCAUCAUCAUCAUCAUCAUCAUCAUCAUCAUCAUCAUCAUCAUCAUCAUCAUCAUCAUCAUCAUCAUCAUCAUCAUCAUCAUCAUCAUCAUCAUCAUCAUCAUCAUCAUCAUCAUCAUCAUCAUCAUCAUCAUCAUCAUCAUCAUCAUCAUCAUCAUCAUCAUCAUCAUCAUCAUCAUCAUCAUCAUCAUCAUCAUCAUCAUCAUCAUCAUCAUCAUCAUCAUCAUCAUCAUCAUCAUCAUCAUCAUCAUCAUCAUCAUCAUCAUCAUCAUCAUCAUCAUCAUCAUCAUCAUCAUCAUCAUCAUCAUCAUCAUUAA